AUGUGCGAUCUCAAGAGAACGCUCGAUGCAGGCGGCCACUGUGUUCUGGAAAUGCCCUCGGGGACUGGCAAGACAGUCUCCCUGCUCUCCCUUAUUGUCGCAUACCAGCAGUACUACCCUGAGCACCGCAAGCUGAUAUACUGCUCACGUACCAUGUCGGAGAUCGAGAAGGCCCUCUUUGAGCUGGAAGCCCUGAUGAAAUACAGAGCGGAGAUGCUGGGCCACGAAGAGGAGUUCCGAGGGCUGGGACUGACGAGUCGCAAGAACCUGUGUCUGCAUCCGAGCGUCAAGAGGGAGAAGAGCGGGACGGUGGUCGACGCCCGAUGUCGGAGCUUGACGGCUGGCUUUGUCAAAGAGAAGAAGGAGAGGGGCGAGGACGUGCCGGUUUGUAUUUACCACGAUAAUUUGGACCUGCUGGAGCCACAUGAUUUGAUUCCGAAUGGUGUCUGGACUUUUGAGGGGAUCUUGAAGUAUGGAGAGGAGCAUAAGCAAUGCCCGUAUUUCACUUCGAGACGAAUGAUGUCAUUUUGCAAUGUCAUUAUCUACUCCUACCACUACCUUCUCGAUCCGAAGAUCGCAGAACGGGUCUCCAAGGAGCUCUCCAAGGAUUGUAUUGUGGUGUUUGACGAAGCGCAUAACAUCGACAACGUCUGCAUCGAGUCGCUCAGCACAGAUAUCACCGAAGACUCGCUGCGGAAAGCUACGAGAGGGGCUCAGAAUCUGGAGAUCAAGAUCACGGAUAUGAAGAAUAGUGAUGCGGAUAAGCUGAAAAGCGAAUAUGCUAAGCUGGUGGAGGGCUUGAGGGAUGCUGAUGACGCUCGUCAGGAGGAUGCGUUCAUGUCGAAUCCUGCUCUCCCUGAUGAUCUGCUGAAGGAAGCUGUUCCUGGAAAUAUUAGAAGAGCUGAGCAUUUCAUUACAUCUGAGUCUGACCUGCUCCAGACUCGAAUGAAGGUCCGACAGGUGAUCUCUGAGACACCCCCGUCUUUUCUAGCACAUCUCAAGGAGUACACUUUCAUUGAGAAGAAACCUUUACGAUUUUGCGCCGAGAGACUGACUUCGCUUGUGCGGACGCUCGAGUUGACGAAUAUCGAAGACUACCAACCACUACAAGAAGUAGCAACAUUUGCAACGCUCGUGGCAACCUACGAAAAGGGAUUCGUCCUUAUCCUGGAACCCUAUGAGUCGGACACGGCAGAAGUCCCCAAUCCGGUCCUCCACUUUGCCUGUCUAGAUGCAGCAAUCGCGAUCAAACCCGUCUUCGACCGCUUCUCCUCUGUCAUCAUCACCUCCGGAACCAUCUCCCCCCUCGAAAUGUACCCCAAAAUGCUCGGAUUCACAGCCGUGGUCCAGGAAUCCUACACCAUGACGCUCGCACGCCGCUCUUUCCUUCCCAUGAUCGUCACCCGUGGCUCCGACCAAGUCGCCAUCUCCUCGGGCUUCCAAGUCCGUAACGAGCCCUCUGUCGUCCGCAACUACGGACACCUGCUCACCGAAUUCUCUAAACUCACCCCGGACGGCAUGGUCGUCUUUUUCCCUUCCUACCUGUACAUGGAAUCCAUCAUCAGCAUGUGGCAAGGCAUGGGCAUCCUCGACGAAGUCUGGAAGAACAAGCUCAUCCUCGUCGAGACGCCCGACGCGCAGGAAACGUCCCUGGCGCUCGACACGUACCGCACGGCGUGCAACAACGGGCGUGGCGCCAUCCUGCUCUGCGUCGCCCGGGGCAAGGUCAGCGAGGGCAUCGACUUCGACAACCAGUACGGCCGCACGGUGCUCUGCAUCGGCGUCCCCUUCCAGUACACGGAGUCGCGCAUCCUCAAGGCACGCCUCGAGUUCCUGCGCGAGACGUACCGCAUCCGCGAGAACGACUUCCUCUCCUUCGACGCCAUGCGCCACGCCGCGCAGUGCCUGGGCCGCGUCCUGCGCGGCAAGGACGACUACGGCAUCAUGGUGCUCGCCGACCGCCGCUUCCUCAAGAAGCGGAACCAGCUGCCCAAGUGGAUCGACGACGCCAUGCACGAGGCCGAGGUCAACCUCAGCACCGACACGGCCGUCGGGACUGCCAAGAAGUUCCUGCGCGGCAUGGCGCAGCCGUUCCAGGCGAGCGACCAGGAGGGCAUCAGUACGUGGAGCCUCGAGGAUCUGGAGGCCCAUCGGGAGAAGGUGGACGAGGAGAAUAUUCGCCUGCUGCGGGAAGAGGAGCGGAGGGCUGUGGAGGGUGGGAGGGGUGGGGUGGAUGAUGGGGAGGAUGAUGAUGAUGAGAUGGGCGGGCUGGGGAAUGGGAAUCGGAGGGGGGGUGAGCCUGAUCAGUAUGGGUUCGACGAGGACGAUGAAGAUGCUUUGAUGGCGAUGGGUGCGAAUUGA